AUGAAGAACGAUAAAACUGAAAAACGAUCUUUCAUAAAGAGUGUGAGAAAUUAUUUUAGAGAGUAUUGUACUUGUACGAGUAUACAUGGAUUCAAGUAUUUCGGGGAGAAGAGAACUUACUUUGAGAGAUUUUGGUGGUUCAUCGUGUUUGGGUGUACACUAGCAGUGUGCAUAUUCACAAUAACUAUAGUUUAUCAAAGAUGGCUUCAAAGUCCCAUAAUUGUCAGCUUCGCCACCAGAGACACUCCCAUUUACUCGAUACCAUUUCCUGCGGUUACCAUUUGUUCCGAAAGCAAGUCAAUACAAAGCAAAUACAGUCACAUGGGUGUCGCCAGGAAAUUAUUCCUGAAUGAAAAUCUAACCGAAGAGGAGCAGUAUUUAGAGGAUUAUGUCGAAUCAGUUUGUGACACUAAAUUAUGGACUGGUUCGACCAAACCUUAUCUUCCUGACUUCAUCGAAACUAUGGAAAAUAUAAGUGAAUCUCUGCAUAUUAUAAGCUGCUCAUUCAUGAACGAACAAUCUUGUUCAGCUCUAUUCAAACCAAUAAUUACUGAUGAAGGAUUCUGUUACACCUUCAAUAUGUUGGAUAGAUCGGAAAUAUACAACGAGAAAGUAGUACAUCAUUCAUAUUAUCAUGCAAUGGGUAACCUGACCUAUGAGAACUGGACUGUUGAAAAUGGGUUUGCUAGUGAUGCAGGAAUCAAUCCAUACCCGAGAAGAGCCCUGAUGGCAGGAGUUAAUCACGGUCUCACUGUGCAUUUGAAGACGAUUAGAGCCAAUAUCGAUCACAUAUGUAAGCUAUCUCUCCAGGGUUACAGAGUGAGCGUCCAUCUUCCAUCAAGAGUACCAAGUCUCAGACAGGAAUAUUUCAGGGUUCCUCUGGAUCAAGCUGUUCUCGCAGUGGUGAACCCAUCGAUGAUAACGACUUCAGAGACCGUGAGAUAUUACAGUCCAGCUAGAAGAGAAUGCUAUUUUUCGACGGAGAGAUCUCUGAAGUAUUUCAAAACCUACACCAACAAAAAUUGUCUCCUAGAAUGUCUUACUAACUAUACAUUGAAACAUUGUGGAUGUGUAGCGCACUAUAUGCCAAGAGAUAAUGAGACGGAGAUCUGUGGACCAGGUAAUACUCCUUGCAUGUCUGCUGCUGAAGAGGACUAUCAGCUAUACGAUUUGCGGAAAAAAAUUGGAGUUGGUGGAAAUGAAACGACUAGAAUUGAACACCUAGAUGAUUGUGACUGUAUGCCAAUGUGUUCAGAUUUAUCUUAUAAUGUGGAUAUUUCCCAAAGUGACUGGAAAUUUUGGGAAGUUGAAGCGCGAUUACUUGGAUCUGACACUAAUUUAUCGAGUGAUGGACUCCACGUAUCGAAACUUACGAUCUUUUUCAAGUCGUCGCAUUUCAUCACUACCCAGAGGCAUGAGUUUUAUGGACCGACGGACUUUUUGGCUAAUUUCGGUGGCUUAUUAGGACUUUUCACUGGAGUUUCCGUCCUUUCAGUUAUGGAAGCUAUCUACUUUCUCACUGUGAGGAUUUGCUGCAACACUAGGCUCUAUGGAUAUUGGGCAGGACCACAACAACUUUAA